CAAUUCUUAAAUUUUAACAGCCCUCGCGCAGUCGUCCCUGAUUCGAUCCGUGAUCCGUUCAAACCCGAACACUAUCCUCGUUGGUCAAACUGAGGGAUUGAUGUCAAAGUUCUAAGUCGGAAUAAAUUGAAGAAGUUUCCCAAAUUUCUCCUCAGUGUCGGACUUCGACUUUUCACUCCGCCUGCGUUUGUGGCUGACGCGAACGUCCUUGCAAUUGUUUUACCAGGGAGACCUGUUCUCGCCUUAUUGGCGCCCAUCUAUAUUUUCGAUCCUAUCGGCUGUCCUGAGGGAUCUGUAAAAUGCAUAGAAUAUCCACUGCAUUACUCCGUCAGGGAGUUCGGGUGCCUUAUCCUUACGCUUCUGGAUCUCGAAGCUUUGCGUCUACCUCAUCGAACGAAGAAUUCGACCUUGUCGUAAUUGGAUCUGGACCUGGUGGAUAUGUGGCCGCUAUUAAAGCAGCUCAGUUGGGAUUAAAAACUGCGUGUGUGGAGCGCAGUGAAACUUUCGGGGGAACUUGUCUUAAUGUUGGAUGUAUUCCAUCUAAAGCCUUACUAAAUAAUUCGCAUUUCUACCACAUGGCCCAAAAAGAUUUUAAAUCCCGCGGAAUCGAGCUGGACGGAGUGCGUUUAAAUUUGGAUGCAAUGAUGGGACAAAAGCGAGAUGCCGUUAAAGCGCUUACCGGUGGUAUCGCGAUGCUUUUCAAAAGCAACAAAGUUACUCCAGCCAAAGGACACGGGCAUAUAUUAAGCCCUAACGAAGUUGCCGUACUGAAUCCUGACGGCUCACAAAAUCAAACCCUUAAAACCAAGAAUAUUCUCAUUGCCACGGGUUCAGAAGUUACACCUUUUGCCGGAAUUGAGAUCGAUGAAGAGCAAAUUGUUUCAUCUACUGGCGCCCUAUCGUUGAAGAAGGUUCCGGAAAAAAUGAUCGUCAUUGGUGCAGGUGUGAUUGGGUUGGAAUUGGGUUCGGUUUGGAAGCGAUUGGGUGCUGAAGUUACAGCAGUAGAGUUUUUGGGACAUGUCGGCGGCAUGGGCAUCGACAUGGAAGUUUCUAAGCAAUUUCACAAAAUCCUCCAAAAGCAGGGAAUAAAGUUUAAAUUGGAAACCAAGGUUCUGACAGCCAAACGAGAUGGAAAACGGAUAGCUGUGGAGACGGAGGCCGUUAAGGACUCUGGUAAAAAGGAAACUCUGGAUUGUGAUGUUCUGUUGGUUAGUGUUGGACGUCGCCCCUACACUGCCCAUCUGGGACUUGAAAAUGUGGGCAUUCAAGUGGAUAAACGCGGGAGGAUUCCCGUAAACAAACGAUUUCAGAGUUCAGUUGCCAAUGUCUAUGCAAUUGGCGACUGCAUAGAGGGACCGAUGUUGGCACAUAAAGCCGAGGACGAAGGAAUUGUAUGUGUAGAAGGCAUCGCUGGUGGACCCGUGCAUAUUGAUUACAACUGUGUCCCGUCGGUUAUUUACACUCACCCAGAAGUGGCUUGGGUGGGAAAAUCAGAGGAACAACUGAAGGAAGCGGGAGUAAAAUACAAAGUGGGGAAGUUUCCUAUGGCAGCAAAUAGUCGCGCAAAAACUAAUAACGAUGCGGAAGGAUUUAUUAAAAUUUUGGCUGAUAAAGAAACGGACAGAAUUUUGGGUGCUCAUAUGAUUGGUUCGACUGUUGGUGAAAUGAUCAAUGAGGCUGCUCUGGCCAUGGAAUAUGGAGCGUCUGCUGAAGAUGUUGCCCGUGUUUGCCAUGCGCAUCCUACCACGUCCGAGGCCUUUCGGGAAGCGAAUUUGGCUGCGUAUUUUGGCAAAGCUAUCAAUUUUUCAUAAGAUUUUAUGUUUUAUUAAUUUUUGUGCUAGUGGCUUCAAGUUAAGGGUAGCUGUGGUGGCUGUGCUGUACUUUUAAAGCGGUUUCCGGUCUAGAGUUGGAAUUUAGUGCAACAAGGGAAGUUUAGUUUUGCGGUGUUAAAAUGUUAAAAUUUAUGGUUAGAGAAAAUUUGGCCACUGUGAUGGGUAUUCUUUACUUGCAUUUGAAAUAAAUCGCAAAGUAUUUUAA